AUGGCUUCGGUGCUGGCGCCACAUGGUCGUUGGGGUCGGGGCGACGGGGAGGGGGAGGGGGAGCUCGAGGAAGAUGAGGACGGAGCUGCCAUGUUUGGAAUAGGAUCGGACCUGGAGAGCCGCCGAGCUCAACAUAUAAUAAACUCAUCUUCUGCCUCUUCUGCCGCUUUGGCUUCUUAUUCCGAGGAUCGCCAACAGAGCCAUCGCCUUCCAUUCCUUCCCCAGUACCUGGACGUACGCGGCCGCGAGAGACCAUUGAAGACUGGAAGAAUCCACUCUGCGCAUUCUUUUCCCACAACAACUACAGCAACCACUAGAACUUCAACAUCUUACAGCAGCAGCAGCAGCAGCAGCAGCGGCGGCGGCUGUUACUAUCUCACCAUGGCAGCCUUCUCGAUGUUCGUCAUCGUCGCCGCCUUCUUCCUGCUCCUCGUCGCAGGCGCUCCCGCGCCCCUGGCUUCGCCCGCCACCAAUGUCUCGGUAGCUGGCUCAAGCUCAUAUUGGCUUGCUUCCAUCGCUCGCCAGGGCACUGUAGCUUACGGCGACUCGGCCUUCAAGGUAUUCCGCAACGUCAAAGACUUUGGCGCAAAGGGAGAUGGAACCACCGACGACACCGCCGCUAUCAACGCGGCCAUUGCCUCGGGCAACCGCUGCGGUCAAGGUUGCGAUUCUACCACGAUCACUCCCGCCAUCGUCUACUUCCCCGCUGGAACCUACAUGGUCAGCGCGCCUCUCACCCAGCACUACUACACUCAGAUGAUUGGUGAUGCUACGAAUCUUCCUGUUCUCAAGGCUACCGCUGCAUUCAAGGGGAUGGCCGUGAUCGACGCAGACCCAUACACGGAUGCUGGUGUCAAUUGGUUCACCAACCAGAACAACUUCUUCCGCCAAGUCCGCAACUUCGUCAUUGAUCUCACGGGAAUGCCAUAUACUGCCGGUGCUGGUAUCCAUUGGCAGGUUGCACAAGCGACCAGUCUCCAAAACCUCGUCUUCAAUAUGAGAACCGAUGGCGGAUCCGCAAACGCGCAGGUCGGCAUUUUCAUGGAUAACGGGUCCGGCGGAUUCAUGACCGACUUGACCUUCAAUGGUGGAAAAUACGGUGCUUUCUUCGGAUCCCAGCAAUUCACUACCCGCAACAUGAAAUUCAACAACUGCCAAACUGCUGUUUUCAUGAACUGGAACUGGGCAUGGACCCUGUCAGGACUUACGAUCAACAAUUGUGGUGUCGGUGUCGAUAUGGCAAACGGCGGUACAGCAAGCCAACUCGUAGGCUCUGUCAUCUUCGUCGACAGCACCAUCUCCAACACCCCCGUCGGAAUUACCACCGCCUACUCGACAAGCACAACCUUCACCAACGGAUCUCUGGUCAUCGACAAUGUCAAUUUCUCUCCGAAUGUACCUGUCGCUGUUCAAAACCCCACAACAAAGCAGACCAUUGUGGCGGGAAAUACCAAGGUGGCUUCGUGGAUUCAAGGCAAGCAAUACAAGGGAGCCAACGCCGGAUCCACUGUCCAGGGAACCCAAACUGUUGUCACCAAGCCCGCUUCUCUCCUGGACUCUACGGGUAACGUCUUCACUCGAUCCAAGCCACAAUACGAGAAGGAGCCAGUCGCGGUCUUCAAGAGCGUCAAGGCUGCAGGAGCAAAGGGUGAUGGUGUGACGGAUGAUACUGCAGCCAUCCAAGCUGUGUUCAACUCGGUCUCUGCCUCGGACAUCGUCUACUUCGACCACGGAGCAUACGUGGUUACGUCGACCAUUCAGGUUCCCAAGAACAUUCGCAUCACGGGCGAGAUCUGGCCACUCAUCAUGGCUGGAGGAACUUCCUUUUUCAAGGACCAGAACAACCCAAAGCCCGUCUUCCAGGUUGGUCAGGCUGGCGAUGUUGGAACUGUCGAGAUGUCAGACCUCAUUUUCGAAACCCUGGGACCCCAGCCAGGCGCUAUUCUCAUGGAGUGGAAUGUCAAGGGGACUUCCCAAGGCUCUGCAGGUUUGUGGGAUGUCCACUUCCGCAUCGGUGGAUCUGCAGGUACCCAACUGCAGUCGGACAAAUGCUCGAAGAACCCAACGGUAACUGCACCUGCAAAAUCUGAAUGUAUGGGCGCAUACAUGCUGCUCCACAUCACGAAAACCGGUAGUGCAUAUCUUGAGAAUACCUGGCUCUGGGUUUCCGAUCAUGAGCUUGAUCUCGCGGAUCAUAACCAAAUCAACAUCUACAAUGGCCGCGGUCUAUUGAUUACUUCCACCGAGGGCCCAGUCUGGCUGUACGGCACUAGCUCUGAGCACAACGUUCUGUACAAUUACCAAGUUGCUAACGCCAAAAAUGUCUACAUGGGCUUGAUCCAAACAGAGACCCCAUACUUCCAGAGCAACCCUGAUGCGACAACUCCCUUCACAACCACAGAUACUUAUUCCGAUCCAAGCUUCCGUGGUAGCUCGACCGCCAAUAAGGCAUGGGGCCUCCGUGUUGUCAAUUCCCACGACGUCCUUGUCUACGGUGGUGGUCUCUACAGCUUCUUCGACAACUACAGCCAAGUCUGUCUUGCUACUGCGAGCUGCCAGGAUAAUAUGGUCUCUAUUGAGAACUCAACCGGUGUACAUAUGUAUGGUCUGUCGACGAAAGCUGCCACCAACAUGGUCACAAUCAACGGAGCAAGUGCCGCUCUCGACAAGGACAACCGCAACAACUUCUGUGCUGCGAUCUCGUACUUCGAAGUUGCUUAG